AUAAAAUAUUUGGGGUCAAACAAUUUUUUUUAAAGGGAAAAAAAUUAAUGUGUGGCAUGCGUUGAUAAAAGCACGUAGCUAGUGUCAGGCAGUAUGGCACCGUCAUCCCGUUUUCGCCUCUCUUACCUCAAAAUGCCCCAUCCCUCCAAAAGUGCCUUCCAUGCAUUCUUCUUCACCUUUCUUCUCCUAGCCGGACUUGUCUUUUCCGGCGAUACCGGCGGCGGCGGCGGCCUCUCGUACGGUUUCUACGACCGCACCUGCCCGCAGCUCGAACACAUAGUCAGGGCCGCCACCGAGACAUUCUUUCUCUCCGACCCCACCACCGGCGCCGCCCUGCUUCGGCUCCUCUUCCACGACUGCCAGGUCCGGGGCUGCGACGCCUCCAUUCUCAUCGACGAUUCCGGGCAGCCGGAGAUUCUCUCCGGCAAGAAUCUGGGCAUCCAGAAGAGGGGAGUGGUCAACGCCAUCAAGUCGGCGGUGGACGCGGCGUGUCCCCCGCAAGUCGUGUCCUGUGCCGACAUCCUCGUGCUCGCCGCCAGAGACUCUGUGGCUCUGUACGGUGGUCCGGUUAUCGAGGUUCCGUUGGGCCGCCGGGAUUCCUCGGAGCCUCCGAGCUUUGAGAUGGCCGACUCUUUGCUCCCUCCGGCGAGCACCGGAGUCGACCAGGUGCUCGGCCUCUUUGCCGAAAAAGGGUUCACCGUAGAAGAGUCGGUCGCCAUCAUCGGAGCCCAUACAAUCGGAGCAACACACUGCAUUAACGUCCGAAGACGUCUGUUCGACCCAGAGGCUCAACAAGGAAACGAAAUUCCGUUAGAUUUACGGGCGUUGCUGACGUUAAACUGUCCGUUAGGAUCGUUAACGUCCAACGUCUCCUUUGUCCCAAACGACUGGACGUCCAUGACGUUCGACAACCGUUACUAUUUUAACGGCGGCGCGACGGGAGUGAUAAACAUCGACGCCGAGAUGCCGCUCGACCCCCGCACCGCCGGGCACGUGCGGCGGUUUGCGGCGGAUCAGGACGCGUUUUUCCGGGCGUUCUCCUCCGCCUUUGUCAAGCUGUCUUCUUGGGAGGUUCUGACGGGGGAGAAGGGUGUGAUUAGGAGGAAUUGCAAUGCCUUGUCAUCAUAAUUGCCAAAAGCAAUUGAAUUCCCUCAUAUAGAUACUCUCAUUUCACAUUUUUAAAAUUAAAUUGAAUCUAGUUUUCAUUAUCAAUUCUAUUGAAAUUACAUUGCAUGUUUGUAUAAUGGAAAUAAAUCAUUGUUACGUUGUAAGAUAAAUUAAUGAAAUGGAAUUAUUUUA